CAUCGCUUCUUACUCUUACUCUUUCUCUUAUCGCCUGCGCCUGGGAAUACUGAAGCGGGCGCUAGAAGCGACCUGGCCCGCUCACACGCAUCGCUUCCCGCAGCACGCCUUCACGGACAUCCGUGGCACUGUCCUCCGGCUCAUCAUCGAUCCUGUCGCCGUGCUCUGCGAGAAGACAGACUCAGCAUAACCGAUGCCAUGUAACGCAUCAGCGCAUUUAUCCAGAAAGUCAAAACAAUUGCCCGGAUUGAAACGCUUUGGGACGCGAUGAAGAGAAAGCGGUCACUAUGAAGUUCGUUGGCCAUGUCUAAGGUUGCAGUAAAGAAGCUGCACUGGCGCUCUAAAGUGCAGGAGACCUUCGUACCGCUAGUGGGCAGCUCUGGAGAUUUGGGAAUUGCCAUCGGAGGCGGGGCUGAUUAUGGAGAGUUCCCAUUCGUCACCGCGGCACCAGGGGGAGGGAUCACAGUUGGCGAUGUCAUCUUAGAAAUUGGUGGAACUCCUGUUUUGGGCCUGACUUUAGGAGAUGUACGUGGGCUCUUAAACUCCUGCCCCCAUCCAAUCCGCAUCAAGACAGUGUCUCCAGGCUCAACUCUAUGCAAGGAUCUAAGGUUAUACCUGAGCAAAUGUUUCACACCAGGUUCAAUGGACAGUCAACUCCAGCAGGUGAUCCGAGAAAACCUCUACUUGAGAGCUGUGCCCUGUACGACUAGACAGCCCCGAGACGGCGAGAUCACGGGAGUCGACUAUAACUUUGUCUCCGUUGAAGAGUUCUUCUCGCUGGAGGAGUCGGGGGCGCUGUUGGAGAGCGGGAAGUUCAAAGGGAACUACUACGGAACCCCUCGUCCAGUUCACAUUAAUCCUGAUAGUCCUCCCAUCACCUACCAGGAGCACCGCAACCUGCUGAGAAACUUCCGCACACGGAGCAAGUCCCUCAGCAACCUGGAGAAAGCAGGCGAGGAGGGAGACAACAGCGAGGAGGACUCGGGUCUAUCAGGUGGUUCGGCCGGGGCGAGCAGUGCCCCCGCCCCCACCUCAUCCCCCAGCCAAUCACGAGACUCGAGCGGAGGAGACGGCAGUGCCCUGGAGAAUGGGCUCGGACCCCGUAGAGGAGCACGGCAAAACUGGGAGAUGAUGUACAGCGACUCAGGGAAUGCCGAUUACAAAGACCAUCAUCUAAAGCCAUCCUCUUGGCUCAAUCGCAGAGCUUACAGCAGAGACAAUGUCUGUAUGACUGAAUUGGCAGAGUUUACAGACCAGCCGAGUGAACUGAAAGGCUUCUCUGUUCACACUCGUCUGGUGAAGGGUUCACGGGGUUUCGGCUUCAACAUAGUGGGAGGCAGCAGGCGUAGAGAGUUCCUGCAGAUCUACAGCAUCACUCCCGGAGGACCUUCCACCCUUCACACAGCGGAUAUUCUGGUGUACAUCAAUGAUACCUGUGUGCUUGGCUUUUCUCACAAAGAGGUGGUGGAAAUGUUGAAAGCCAUUCCGGUGGGUCACACUGUGGACGUUGUUGUCCGAAGAGGCUACCCCAUGCUCUAUAACUCUGACGGCUGUCCGAAGAUGCCCAAUCCUAGACUAACAGCAUCCCUAGACCAGUCACUACAUCUACCUCCACCAACCACCACCCAACCCCAGGCCCAGGCUCCUCUCCCAUACGCUCAGCUACACCUCAACCACAACGGGCCCAUGUGGUCUGAUUUUGAGAUGGGAUCCUCAAGGAAUCUCGGAGAGCGGGCAUCAAGGUUUAGUUUGGAUGCUAAUGGGAAUUCAUCUCCAUUUGCUUCUCCUUCAAGACAGCCAUCAUCAUACCAGUACUCUAAUGGGUAUGGGAGUGGGUUCCUGAGACCACCACGCUCUGCCAGAAGCAUCAGGAGGCUACAGAGUGCAGAACUGGCCAGCCAGAGUGACAGCGAGGUGGUGUCUGCGAUUGGAUCCCAUAGGGCCUCAUUUAUCCGUAACCAGAACAACAACUCUCUGUCCACUCCGCCACCUCUCCGCCUGCACUCCUUCAAAUCUUCUGAGAGUGACCUUUCCUCGAGUACUCCACCACCCAUAUCUCGAUUUCCCCUGCCCCACACUGAAGUAAGUCCAGGCCCUAUCUCUUUCUCUCCUGGAGGAGGAAGGCGCUACUCUCAUCUCCAUAAACCCCAGCACUCACUGCUAACCCCACCUAGCAGCACCCAUUCUGACGGGCCUUACUUCACCUUCAACGGCACAGCCAGUGCCAGCAGCGGCAGCCCGAACAGCAGCAUUCCUUCGCCUGGAGCCAGGAGUGCUGUGAUCGGGAGUGGAGUUGGAGGAAUGGCGGGGAGUGGAGAAUUAGUCCCCGUCGCUUUGGCUAAAUGUGAGAGGGGCAGCAAUAUGGGGUUCAGUGUCACGGCAGGAGGUCACGGAGGAAGACAGACCCUGGUGAAGAAAGUCUGGGACCACAGACAGUGUACUGGACUGCAGCCUGGAGAUGCCAUUGUGAAGAUCAAUGGAGCAGAUGUACAGAGUCUCAGCUUUGCACAGGUCCAAAGGAUUUUGCAAGAACACACUAAAAAGGGGGAGGUUAUUCUGCUGGUGUUCAGAGGGGGCCACUCACAUUUCUCCAAUUCGCCUAAUUCUGUGCGACGACUGACUCCUCCCCCUCCUCGCUCCGCCUCCGACUCUGAAGUCCCUCUCACUGACUCCAUGCCAUUAUCGCGCAGCUCUUUAACCCCGCCCUCUCCAGCACUGGUGCGCUCCUCAUUGGUCCAGAGCACCAGCUUCCUGGAUUCUGUUCCUGUCACUCUCACACUAGAGCCACGCGAUUGGAUGAGUUCAGAGGAAGGAGGGACGGUACUCAGUCCCAGAGUAAAAACAGAGGAGAAAGAACAGCCCCCUGCACUGAGGGGGUAUGAGGUGGAGCUGAAGAGGAAGCCAGGUGAAGGCUUUGGAUUUGUUAUCGCCUCUCAGGAUGUGGAGAAUGUCAAAGCAGCGUCUCUGCUGCCUCACAGGUUUGUGACGGUACGCAGAGGCAGCCCGGCGGCACGCAGCGGUCAGAUCAGGCCUGGAGAUCGUCUGGAGGCCGUGGAUGGGAGAUCGGUGGUGAAUUUACCUCACAGAGACCUGGCACAGAUACUGAGGAGAGCUGGAAACACACUCCGCUUGACCAUCGUGCCCCGCGCCAGUGCUCAUUCCUCAGAGCGAGCAGAAAAUGACACUGAUUAUAAGAACAGAAAAGCUCACAAGUCAAAAACAAAGCAGGACGCCACGCGGUACUACAGUGUGGAACUGGAGAGGGGUCCCACUGGAUUCGGCUUCAGUCUGAGAGGAGGGAGUGAAUAUAACAUGGGCCUCUAUGUGCUGGGACUGAUGGAGGGAGGACCGGCCUCACGCAGCCACAAAAUACAGGUGAGUGAUCAGUUGGUGGAGAUCAAUGGAGAAAGUACAGCAGGAAUGAGUCACAGUCAGGCUGUGGAGCAGAUCAGGACCGGAGGAAGCAGGAUACACCUCGUGUUCAAAAAAGGAAAUGGAUACGUGCCUGACUACGACCGUGAUCAAGUCACAGCCGUCUCCUCCUCACCCCAGGCCCUGCAGUCGGGUUUGGCUACAAUGAGCCAAGGCCGAGCUCAACAGGGUGCCACAUCCAGCGUUCAAAAACCAGGGAAGACCAACCGAGAGCGGAGAGAACAGAGGGAGAAGGGAAGUGACGGAGGAGACCGCGAGAGCCCUGACAGUCUCGAGGGCGGCAGUCAGGGCAGGGGGCGAAGGUCGAGAGAUGAAAGGAGGAGACGAAGGACACAGAGCUUGUCUAGAAACACAGGACAAAGUGAUGAAAACGUGGACGGAAGAGUUGAAAGAGUCAGGAAAGAGAAGGAAAAAGGCAAUGAGAGAAGAGAAGACAGGUCAAGACGGAGCAAGAGCGAGGAGAGGGUGAGACGGGUGGAGAGAAAGAGGCAAAAAGACGAAAGCAAGAACACACAAACUAUCAAUAACCAGAGACUUCCUGAGCCUAAACUGCAGUGGGAGGAAGACAACGAGGAGGACGAGUGGGAAAGAGAGACAGAACAAGAGUGGAUGAGAGAGAGAGAAAGGCUGAAAGACAAAGAAUGGGAGAGGGAGGAGAGAAAAUCGCUUGCUUCAGAGAGCGACAAGGAAUGGGAAACAGAAAAGGAGGUGAAUAAAGAAGUGCUUGAGUGGGAGCUGAACAAAAAAACUGAACGAGGGAUUCCGGACGAAUUGAAUGUAAAGCGACAAAGUGAAAACGUAGCAGAAAUGAGUUUCCGUGAUCGUCUGCCUUAUUUAGGCGUCCGCGUGCUGCCUUCGGAAAUUCAGCCCCGCCCACUUCAACCCUUAUCUGGACAGCCAGUAGUAGGCUCUGAAUUCGAUCGAACCCCAUUUGCUUUCCUCACAUCUGCGCCGCCUGAAUACGCAGAGUCCGAAUCAGGAGCUAGUGUGUCUGAGUGUAGCGUUUCUGCAGCCAGUAUCUCGGGUCUCUCAAUGUAUCUGAAUGAAAACCUUACCUUGAAAACCACACGAAGGGCCCAGGGGCCUCCACUUCCAGGCCCCUGGCUCAAACCCAACUCACAGAGGUUUAAUAGAGAUGUUGAGAAAGGUGGAGGAACAGAAACAUGAGUUAUGUUGUAAAGGCAACCAUCACUAUUAAUAUUGCUUAUACUUAGGUUUAAAGUCGCGAUGAAAUGUAAGUAUGACAAACUUUCGUAUUUGAUUGGAUUUGUGAAAAGAAGGAAAUGUAGGACAGGGACGUGGUAAAGUAUGUUGGUAGUUGAUUGGAUGGAGGCAGAUCUGUAUUUGAAUUUGCAGCUGAUUGUAAGAAAUGGGCGGAGCUUAAGUGGACGAAAUCUAGUAGACGUCACCAGUAGCAGAUAUAUUGACAGUUAACCAUUUUUUACCUGCAAAAUUCCACCGAAAUUUUGCUAAUGUGACUGCGCCUAAAGAACUUGCUUUUUUGACUUGGUCAGCAAGCAAUUUACAUAAAUGUACAUUUAGCAUGCACUUUUAUCCAAGGUGACCUAAAAAUGAAGAAAAGAACAAACAAUUUGUGCCAACAAUAUUCAUAGUACACAAUGCCGAGUUUAAAGUGUGAAGUAGUUUACUGCAGAACCAUCCAAGAACAUGCUUGGAAACACCACUGCAAUCAUCCACAGCAAUGGAUCAUGGUGGUGAGUUUUACACAGGGAAACAUCACUUAGAGGACAUUAUUAUAUUUUAGUUUUUUCCUGCACAUUUAAGCAGUUUUUGAACACUCCCACUCCAGCUUGCUCUCUCAAGUCUUUCUCUCUUCUUCUCUUCCACUGUGUCCUCCACAAUGAAAGUCUGCAGUUAUCAACGCAACAUCUUUUACUGUUGUGCCAGACUGUUUGUAUAGUAUAUUGACUUUGUAUGCAACAAAACUAUCAUGUGAAGGGCCAAAUAUUCUAUGUAUCUGUCAUGCUAGCUUGAGUCCAGGUUUAACCUUUUUAGCACUGCUAUUUUUCUCUUCAGUUCUUCUGUAGGAACUCUAUUUAAUCUUAUACAAUGCUUCAUGUAAACCAGUGAAAGACUAAAUGGUGUACAUUUCGUUAGCCAUGAAAUUAUUAACAUUCAAAAGUUUGGGGUCAGUACUUGCUAUUUUGGAUAUUUCUAUUCAUCAAAGCAUCCCGAAAAAAUUAUUGUAUUGCAGUUUCCACAAAAAUAUUACACAGCACAAGUGUUUUUAGCAUUAUUAAUAAUAAGAAAUGUUAGUUGAGCAUCAAAUCAGCAUAUCAGAAUGAUUUCUGAAGGAUCAUGUGACACUGAAGCUGCUGAAAAAUCAGCUUUGCAACACAGGAAUAAAUUACAUUUUAAAAUAAACUCAAAUAAAAGUAGGCUAUUUUAAAUUGCAAUAAUAUUUCACGAUAUUGCUGUUUUUACUGAGUAUGAGUGUUCUCUGAAAAAACUUUUUUUUUUUUUUUAAUCUUACCGACCUCAAACUUUUGAAUGAGAGUUUAGCCCAAGGUUUAAUGUUUGUAACAUUAACUUUGAAUCAUUUGUGCAACAUUGUAAAAUAAGUAUUAUCCAGAUCUCUGCUAAACUGUUUUUGAACGAUGAUUGCGUUAUUUAGCAUUCUUGUGAAUGUGUACAGUUUCUAAACACUUAAGAGGAGAUAUAUUUGUCACACUCCCAAGAGUUGCCCCAGAGAAAUAUGCUUUAUUUUUAUGUAGUUGCUCAUAAUUUAAAUAUUCAUUUUGUGCCCUCUGGGUCUCUGACAUCUCAGGGAGCAGAUAUAUAAACUAUAAGAUUUUUUUUUUUGUACGCCCCCUUUACACCCUCAAAGUGACCCUUACUGCUGCCUUCGUAACAAAAGACUCCUCCUGUCUGCUGACCUUGGCCUCUGUCACCUCAGAAAUCUCAAUUAAGAUUAAAUUAAAUUUCAAAUGAUGCAUAUUUUUACAUGGUUGUGUGCCAUUUAAAGGAAAAGUAAUAGAUUUACCCAUAAUACAUUUCUUGCAGCUAUCAAAGUUUGAUUGACACAGAUACAAAUAUUAAGUAUUUCUCCAACUUCUGCAAUGCGAAAUUACAGUAUAUUAGUGAUUAUAUCUGUGAAAACCUUAAAUGAGAUUUAACUAUGAAACAUGAAGUGUGAUUUAUAAGAAGAACAAAGUAAUACUUAAGGAAAUGGUUCUCGUACUGCUCUUGGCAGGUUUGACCUCGUCAACCAAAAAGGACUGAAUGUUUGUACUGAAAAUAUAAACUGGAAGUUUGCAUUGAGUGGCAUUGUGCCAAUCCUGCAAAACCUCUUUAUUUUAUGCACCCAGGGUCUUUAUCUUUACUGACGAAAGCUUGCUUGUAAACAUGAGAGAGGUCGACUCUAUUAUGCUCUUGUUCACUGUAGCUUGUUAACUCUAGAUAUACUGAUGAUAUUUUAGCAUUUAACCUAAAAACUGUGCCUAAUACUUAUUUUCCUUGAUUCAUUUUUUGCUGAUCAUUAAGUUCCUAAUCUCUCAUCAAACCAAAACACCACCCAAGAUUGUUAAAUCUGUGUGUCAUACUCUCAACCAGAAUAUACGCACAUUUAAACUAUGCAUAAGAUGUUGCCAUUUUAACCCACAGCAGUUAACUGGGACAGCAGUGUAAUCUGUGCAGCCCCAGCAGGUCUGGGAUCAGUUUGUUGAAGUCAGUCUGGUGUCGGUGGUCCACACAUCUUUAACCAUAUCAUAAUAUUCAUGAGCCAAUGCCACAUAACAAGUCUAACACUAAGAAGUUUAAUGCCUCUAUAUUUAUUACAUGUUCAAUCUGAAAGGUCCAUUUUAGAGUCUAACACUGUCUUUAUGUCCAUACUAAUAUUAUAUGGCCAUAUGUACUAAUUGUAAAUAGAAAUAAAUAGAAGUAUAUUAUAAUUCUAUAUAUACAUAUAAUAUGUUUCUGUUAUGAUUAUAUUGUUAUAAUCCAUUGUAACCCAAAUGCAGGUAACAAAUUAUAUAAGAGUUAUAAUAAAGAUUAAUGUAUCAACCUGA